GCUGCUGUCGUCAGUUUGUUAGUUGAAGUCAACUUUUCUCAACCGAUUAGGCCUACACCGCUCCUUCCGAGAAAGAUUUCUCAGAAGUCGGAGACCUUUACUCUUCCGCUUGUGGUAAACUAGAAAGGAAAACCAAGCACCAUGAAGGUUCUGCUGCUUUCGAUGUUGACGCUCUCCUUCUGUGUGGCUGGAGCAUGCGCACUUCGCUGCUACGAGUGUAUUGGCUCUGUUUCAACCUCCAUCAACGACUGGUGUAAUGACCCGUUUGACUCGACCGACCCUGCUGCACAAGCAUCCAUUCAAACCUGCAGUGGAGAAUGCGUGGUGUUUUACUCUAAGAUCGGUGAUCUCGAAGGCUUUGUUCGGGAGUGUUCCAACGUUACCGUACCCGACUGCCUGAACGCUUGCCACUCUGCCCUGGGAAUCACAUCUUGCCAGUACUGCUGCUCUGAAGACCUCUGCAACAGCACCUCCAUAAUAAUGUUUGACCUGCUGGCUGCCAUCGCCAAAGCGCUGUCUGCCUGGUACCGAAGUGUAUAAGGGCAAACAACAAAUUUCGUUGCGGGCGGGCGAGGACCUAUCGAGAAUUAGGUGCCUUGGGAGUGGUGGUACCGGCUGAAGGUCUUUGUCCAGUAUGCCUGAGGGCGCUGUUUAUGAUGUACACAUUGCGUGUUUGCUCGUGUUCGCGUUACAUGCUGCACAUAGCAUAAAUGAAUUUCACUUACAACGUGUAGCCAUUUAGCCUGUUGGAUGUAUGACUGUUUCAUCUCUCUCUUUGGGUGAUACAUUUAUGAGUGAAAAAUGGCAUUUUUAAACAUUAAGCGUUUCCAAGCUUACCUCAAAUAUAAGAGUGCUGGUGUUGAUGUGCUUUUUUUCGUGGAGACACUUUUUAGUUAGCUUUGUUAUGAAUACAUCAUUCCCAUUCUAGAUAGUCACAAGGAAACAACGCUGAUUAUCUUCUUUUAUUGCUGUUUCUUUCCUUGGUGCAUUUUUCCUUUUUUCUUCCUUUUUCAGACUUUUCUCUAUAGGGUUUGUACAGACAUCGCAGACAUUUAGGCUGCGUCCGCAUCUGUUGUCUAGGGCUAGGUUUAGGUCUUCACUCCCUUGAAAGUACGUGGAGACGCACAGACAAUAGACCUAGCCGUAGCUCUGGAAGCCCGUUUCGGACACGGCCCUAGACAAUCAUGUUAGGAUGGUCCUUAAAGACAUUUGUCAUGAUGACGUCUUCACGUGAUUUAUUUUUGAAUUCGAAUAUUUCGUAUUUGGCCAUAGGGUUUGUACACAUUUUUCUGCAACACCCUAUAUUAUCCAGCUUAAUGAGUGAGUGGUCCUCAACUUCGACCAAGAAUUACUACCAGAACGAAGUAGAAAUCGGACUAAAUUGGCCCUUUUGUUCGAUUAGAAAUAUACCCUAGAGUCAAAAUAUCAAAUAAUAUUUCGUAAGAAAAUUUCAGUUUAAGCGCAAAUCACGUGACACGAACUUAAACAAGCCGUUUUUCUGCACACGUGUUUUUAUCACAUUGGUUUUGUACUUGUUUUCAAGCCACAGUUUUGGUACCUUCGCGAUAGUUUAAUCGUUAUCGAAUUGAUGGCCAACAAAGAUCCUGAUACAACAUUUAAUGUAAAUCGAUGACAUCAUGAUGACGUCAUUAUCAGAUUUAUUAUUGAUUUUUCAAUAUUGAUUUCAGCCCAUUGACUUUGUACACGGUUUCAAGUUACAAUCCUGGUUACUUGGUGAUCAGUGAAUGGAAACACCACAAUGGCUAGUUUUGUCGCUCACUGUGUUGUGUUAUACCAUAGAGCUACAAACCCAGCUCUACGGUUAUACGUAUCCAUCCAUACUAGCAUGCAGAGACAAGUGCCUUUGGCGGAGGUCGAAUAUUUUAUUUCUUUAGAAAUCUGCGAGUAUAUCCUGGCUCAUUAUUCUGUCAUUGGGGGUUUUUCUUUAUCCUAUGCAUGAUAAUGCUACAUUGGCUGUGUGCGCAAAGCGAAAGUAUUGGAAACAGGAAAAUAAGUACGCAGUGCUAGGGUCUCCAGAAACGCCCACAUGGCAAAUUUUGUAGCUCGAUGUGUCCUGCACACACACAAUCGACCUUAAACAGAAGGACCAAAAUCGCAGAUCCAAACAGGAUAUUUUCUCUACAAUCCAGGCGCUUCCUUUAAGGCCUGUGUCACCUAAAGUACACGUCCCCGUGGGUUGAAAUUUUGCUGAUUUUUAACUAAAAAGGAUAGACGAAAAUUGACCUCAUUUAUUGAUGACGUCAUCAAUUGACGAGUCAAGUGACAUUAAAAGUGCACUUCUCAUAGCUCAAUAUCCUUUAGAAUGCCUUUGAAAUGAUUUCUUUAAAACAUUAUCAGUAAACAGCUGUCAUCACAUUAAGGGCACAUUUAUUUAAAGUUUUAUUUUAAUACCUAUUGCAUUGUCUGGAAUAAAACAUUAUA